CAUGACGUACCAGGAAGAGGCUCCCACGUGUCUUAGUGUGGAUCAGGGCAGUAUAUCGCGCCUGAUGACGUCAUCAGCAGAGGAGCAGCUGUGUCUGAACAUCUGCAGCAGCGGGCCUUCAUCAUCUCCAGCAUCAUCAUCGCUGUCCAGCAGCAGGAAAUGGAUCUCAAGGAAGCAGAGAGCAGAAAAGAAGGAGGGGAGGAGCUCUGGGAGGGGGCGGAGCUUCACCAGAGAGAGACCGACCCUUCGUCACACGACUGAUGAAGAGGAGGCUGACCUGCAGGCUCCGCCCCCUGGGCUGACUGACAGGAUACCACCGAAGAAGAAGAAGAGGAAGGAGAUGAAGAAAGAGGAGGGGAAGGAAGGACGGAGCAUCAAGACCUCCUCUCUGUUCCGACACAACCCAGAGAUCCCAGAGAUCCUCAGGCCCAACGUCUGCCAGCCGAAGGAGAAAAUCUUCACUUCCGAGUCCUUCUCAGACCUGCAGCUGCACCCGACCCCUGGGCCCCACUGGACCCCUGGGCCCCACUGGACCCCUGGGCCCCGCAGGACCUCUGGUCCCCACCGGACCCCUGGGCCCAGCAGGACCCCUGGACCUGCAGGUCCCCUGGGCCCUCUGGACCGGGUGGCGACUCUCACCAAGGUCCUGAAUGUUUCCAGACUGACCAGCGUCCAGCAGCAGACCAUCCCAGCCCUCCUGUCCGGACGGGAUGCCGUGGUCCGGUCCCAGACCGGUUCAGGGAAGACGCUGUGCUACGCGGUGCCGCUGGUCCAAAGUCUUCAGGCCGUGGAGCCGAAGGUCCGCAGGUCCGACGGGCCGCUGGCCGUCAUCAUCGUUCCGACCCGAGAGCUCGCUCUGCAAACCUUCCAGACCUUUCAGAAGCUUCUCAAGCCGUUCACCUGGGUGGUUCCGGGGGUUCUGAUGGGCGGAGAGAAGAGGAAGGCGGAGAAGGCCAGGAUCCGUAAAGGGAUCAACAUCCUGGUGUCCACUCCGGGACGCCUGGUGGACCACCUGCGCCACACCCUGAGCAUGGCCUUCAGCGCCGUGCGCUGGCUGGUUCUGGACGAGGCCGACAGGAUCCUGGAUCUGGGCUUUGAGAAGGACCUGACGGUCAUCCUGAACAGCCUGAACUCCAGCGGCCCGGCCCGGCAGAACGUUCUGCUGUCCGCCACGCUGACCCCAGGCGUAACCCGGUUGGCAGACGUGUGCCUCAAGGAUCCGAUCAGUGUCAGUGUUUCUGGCCCCGCCUCCUCUGACCUCACCGCUGAGCCCGCCGUCGCCGGCCAAUCGGAGAGCUUCGCCGUUCCGGAGGCUCUGCAGCAGUUUGUGGUGGUGGUUCCCAGUAAGGUCCGACUGGUCUGCCUGGCUGCCUUCAUCCUGGACAAAUGCAAGUUUUCUCCCCAGAAUAAAGUCAUGGUAUUCGUGUCGAGCUGCGAGGUCGUCCACUUCCUCCACCUGCUCCUCAGCUCCGCCCUGGCCCGCCACCUGGCCAAUCAGGAGCUGAGCUUCCUGCGUCUCCAUGGAAACAUGAAACAGGAGGAGCGAUCCGAGGUGUUUCAGAAGUUCUGCGCUUCCAGUUCCGGAGUUCUGCUGUGCACGGAUGUAGCGGCCAGAGGGUUGGACCUUCCUGAGGUCACCUGGAUCGUUCAGUACACGCCUCCAUCGUCAGCUGCUGAGUACGUUCACCGCGUGGGCCGCACGGCCCGCAUCGGAGGAGGAGGAAGCAGCCUCCUCUUCCUCACGCCUGCUGAGACCGCCUUCAUCACUGAUCUGGCCAAUCAUGACAUCAGCGUUUCAGAGAUGAAGCUGCAGGACGUCCUCUCAUGCCUGAUGAAGGACGAUGCCUUCAAAGGUCGAGGGAAAUAUCACAGCCAGACUUCGUCCGCAGCUCUGCAGCAGGACGUCCGAGAACGCGCCACCGUCCUGCAGACGGAGCUGGAGAACUUUGUGCACUCCGACACUCAGUCUCUGCAAGCUGCAAAGAAAGCGCUGCAGUCCUUCCUUCGGGCCUACACCACCUACCCCGCCCACCUCAAACACAUCUUCCACAUCCGCCGCCUGCACCUGGGCCACACCGCCAAGAGCUUCGGCCUGAGAGACGCUCCUCAGGGCCUCAGCGCCCAACCAGGAAGCAGGAUCCAGGGCCACGCCCAGAAAAGGCCCGGAGGUCCACACAAGAACCAGAACCCUGGCAGGAAAAGGUUCCGUACUGGUACCAGGGAGGCGGUUCUGAUCCGGUCAGAGUUCUCCAGUGGGUUGGAGGGAAAAGAAGCCAAGAAGAAGAAGAAAGAGGAGGAAGAGGAGGACUGAUGAAGGAUCAGAACGUUCUGUAGUUCUGAGUAGAACCCGGUUAAUGGACGGAUAUGGACCGGUACCAUCCGGGUUGAACAGAACCACAUCACUGGACUAAACAUUCUAGAGUAAAUCUUAUCGUCAGAGUGAGACGUCCUGCUUCUGAAGAUCUUUGUUUUUUAUAUCCUCUGUUGAUUUUACUGUGAAAUAAAAAACUGACGCGAUCUGGUUCUGGUUCUGGUUCUGCAACAAAGCCCUUCAAUCAGAGAGACCCAGAACCGGGUCAGCUUUGGUUCUGGACGCAUAGAGAAGGUUCCUGCAAGGAAUGGAUCAGCUUGUUUCUAAUUAGGCAGCAAAUUCUCUUCAGAACCUGAACAGAACCUGUGACGUGUUCUUAGAAACAUCUGUGGUUCUGGUAUCCUGGUGAUGCGGUUCUGAACCUCCGUCCAUGGCCACGGGUCCAGUUCAGCUGUCUGAUUCUACAGCCAACCGGAUCAGAACCGCUUACAAGCAGAUUCUGAAGAACUAACUGAACCAGAACCAAAGAGCUGCAGCCUGACCCGCUUCCACCUGAACCGUGCGGCCUGCCGACCCGGCAGCAGGUUCUGGUUCUGCAGAAUCCGAGGAGAACCCUUCAUGGGCAGCAGAACCGGUCCACUACUGGUGUAGUUCAUCCCGUCUAGUUCAUCUAUAUCUACAGCCCCACUGAACCAGAACCAGCUAGAAUCUAAAGGAGUUCUGAUCCUGAUGGUUCUACGGAGGCCCAGGAGGCUCACUGACAAAUAAAGCUUCAA